AUGGCAACUGUUACCCACCUGCAGAUCGGCGCGAUAGCGCUCGUAGCAGCCCUUGGUCUACUAGCCAUCCGGAUACUUUCAAGGCCAACAACCCACCAUCGCCUGCCCCCGGGGCCCAAGCCCCUGCCCAUCUUGGGCAACGUGUUCGACCUCCCACCGAAAGGAGUACCUGAGUACCAGCACUGGUUCAAGCACAAAGAUACAUAUGGCUCUAUUAGCUCUGUCACGGUGAUGGGUCGUACCCUCGUCAUCUUCCACGACAAGGAGGCCGCAAACGUGGUCAUGGGCAAGAAGGCACAGAAGACGUCGGCAAGGCCGCAGCUCAAUUUCGCCCGGCUUGGCGGGUUUGAGAACUUCUUGAUCACUCAUCAGUACAACGACAAAUACCGGAAGCAUCGGAAGAUGGUGCAUCAAGAGAUCGGCACUAAAGGGCUUGCAGCUGAAUUCCAGGUCAUUCAGGAGCAGGAGGCAUUGCGUUUCGUUCUUCAGACGUUCCACAACCCAAAUAGCAUGAUGAUGUAUUUGAAAACUCUAGCAGCGGCCAUCAUUCUGAAGAUCACAUACGGCUAUUCGAUAGACAGGAACAAGCCUGAUCCUCUCGUGACCUUGAUCGAGCACGCAAUGGACAACCUGUCACUGGCAUUUGUGCCACUCUCUUGGGCGAUCGAUACAAUCCCAGCCAUAGAACGACUUCCGAGCUGGCUCCCCCUGGGCUAUAGGAAAACAGCUCGGCAGUGGAAAGCGAUCAACGAGGCCGCGGCAGAGCUACCUUUCGACUUUGUCAAGCGACAAUUGGCACAUGGGGAUCGUCGACCAUCUUACGUUUCCAAUCUGUUGGAAGAAAAUAUGGUCAAGGGUGACAUCGGGGUUCAUCUGGCACCCGACGAUGAAGAAGCUAUCAAGUGGAGCGCUGUCAGCUUAUACGCUGCUGGCUCGGAUAGUACGGUCGCCAUCAUGGAAAGCGUCAUUCUCGGCCUGCUGCUAUUCCCCGAGGUGGUGGCAAGGGCGCAAGAGGAGAUUGACCAGGUUGUCGGCUCCGAUCGGCUUCCCAAUUUCGAUGAUAGACAGAACCUCCCUUACGUGGACGGCAUCGUGAAAGAGGCUUGGCGGUGGAAUCCGGUGGGGCCGAUGGGCUUGACACACAAAUCGGAGGAGGACAUAUUCUACAAGGAGUACCUGAUUCCCAAGGGUUCCUACUUGCUUCCUUCGCUCUGGUGGUUCUUGCACGAUCCUAAAGACUACUCGGAGCCAAUGAAGUUCAAGCCUGAGAGAUAUAUGGCCCCGCUCAACGAGCCGGACCCCAGCGAGGUCGCAUUUGGGUACGGACGGCGGUCCUGUUCCGGCCGCUACUUCGCAGACGGCAGCGUCUAUAUCACCAUCGCCCAGAUGCUCGCCGUCUUCCAGAUCCGCAGGGCCAGAGACGCGAAUGGAAACGAGAUCCCGGUCAAGCUCGAGGCUGUCGCGGGCAUGGUCAAUCGCCCCGUGCCAUACGCGUUCCAGAUCGCGCCGCGGAGUCCGCACCACGCCGACCUCCUCCGCCGCAUCGAGUCGGAACAGGAGGCAGUCACCGGCGAUGCGCAUCUCCUAGGUAAGGAGGCUGAAAGCAUACUGUCGUCACACACACAGGUGUGA